GACUCUGCGAUCAAUGCAGGGUCUACAUUGGUGGCGCACUUGCUCCUGGACCGGGGUGCAGGGAGCUCCCAACCGCAGGACGCCUUGCUCGUGGCUGCAGGAAGUCGAGGACUGGAUUCGCUGGCGCCGCGGCUAAUCCAGGAGUGCAGUGCCGACGUUGAUGGCGCUAUCGACCUGGGCGUUGAAAACGAGGAUGCCCAAGUCGUGAUGCAGCUGCUGCAGCUACCCGGAGCGAAACAGCGCAAGUGGGUGAAGCAGUGGCUGCUUCGACGUGCUGCUAUCAACGGAGAUUUGCCGCUGCUGGAGGGCGCUUUAGCUCUCCCCGGACUGGACGUCAACGACGGGGCAGAGAGCUCUGUCGGCCCAGCUUUGCUUCUUGCGGCCGAGGGUGGCCACGCAGCCGUCUGCCAAAGGCUGUUGCAAGCACGCGCCGACCUCUCCAUGGCGGCCAGAACUGGCCUAAGAGGCCGCUGGACGGCAGCGGAUGUCGCCGCGCUCCGCGCUAGCCGCCCUGAGUUUCAGGAGGUCUUACACGUCCUCGGCCAGUUCGGCAACCAGCCGUUCGCGUUGACUGCAAUGGCUCAGUCCUUGAAGCCAGCCCCCUGCUUCUGA